AAGCAUCAUUGCUUAAGGUAAGCAGUGAGGUCAUACGUUGGCCACAUUCAAUGACAGCGUGAUUCACAUCCCAAGGUUUUACUUACUCCAAGACUGUAGCAAAUGCAGAAGUUUUCUACAGAGACUGAUGGGCUUUCGUGUAUAUCUCCAAAGUCAAGCGCAUAUCCUCUGCAAAGCUGCACCGAGACCAAACGCUUUUGAUCAAGCUGGUGAGGCUUGAGUUCAUAUAAACCCAACAAUACUGCAUGUUCAGCAUCAUGGGCUUCGGCAAUGAAUACGAGGAGCAAGUUCGAGCGUGGGGUUUCGAGCGGGUUUCCACCUGGAGCGAUUCGCCAAACACUCACUAUCCACCACACUCACACGCCGCUCUUACGACUCAUCUAAUUAUCGAGGGCUCGAUAACUCUUUGGUAUCCGCAAGAGAAGGACAGUCAGAAGCAGGUAUAUGGCGUAGGGUCACGUAUUGAUGUUGAUGCAGGAAGGGUUCAUGAGGUCCAGGUGGGUGGAAGUGGGUGCACAAUGGUGAUAGGUGAAUGAGAACAAGAGUGAUCAGUUUCGCUUUUGCGUUGCUCUCAGACAUGGCUUCGAACACAAGGUCACUGAGUUCAUGGCUUAGGGUGGUUGUGCCUUCACAUAGACACUGCUCUAGACAAUGUGUAUCAAGACUCAACAAGCAUCUUACACUCUUUCAGGCUACAUGCACGUCAUGAAUCAACAGGACGACGUAUAGUCUUGGUGUAUCAUCUGCUGAGAGUUCUGGAAUCAUUUCGAGUGCUUGAGCAGCAAAAAGAGUCAGAGGAUAGAACGUGACUAUCAUGGUUGGACGAACAGGGAAUCGAACCCUGGACCACUCCCAGAUGAAGGGUUGAUGAGCAACGAAGCCAUGCUAAGGGAGUAUUAUACCACUAAACCAUUCGCCCGGAAUUGUUGAGUUGCGGCUUCGAAGGAUGCAAUAUUCGCGCUUGGCAAAGUGAACACUGCAAAGUUCCGUUCGUACUCCGUAGAUUGGAGAGAGCGUCUGGCGUCAGUUGAGUAUCCGGAACAGGUUGCAUACCUUACCGAAAGUCUGUGAGUAGGCUAGUAAGAUGUGUCGCUAAGGAAAUCACUGCUCCGGGUUCGUGUAGUCUUUGCAUCCUCGAGAAGAAAACCGCUACGGGGAACGUCAAGAAGUGAGGAGGUUGGGUAUGCAUGUGAAGAACAAUUGAGAGUUUGCUGACACGAAUGUCACAUCAUAGGGUGUUGGAUAUAUCUGGAAAGGCGGGCCAAUGACACACCGCAUGUGAUUGGGUGUGUGAACUCUCAUGUCGAUCCCGGAGAAUUCGAUGGUAAGAGUUCGCGAUUCCCAUGUGGGUUUACUCUGCAAACAUCAUGCACUAGGAGUCUAUGACUUGGUUUGAUGAUGUGAUAAUUGCGUAUUGUGUUAACCCCAAUCUGUCAGCAUACCAUCCAGUGUCUGAGAGCCCUGAUGUGAGAACGCAGUUUAGGGAGUUAGCUGAGCAACAGAUGAAACGGUCAACACGGGUCGAAAGCAAAAAGCCAUGAUCAGACAAGUCCGCUUGUCAUCUUGGAUGUUAAAUGAACCCAUGUCGAAUGUCCAGGAUGGGACCCUGUCUAUAUCCGCUUGACUUGUCGGCCGAUGGAUGGAUCAUGGAUAACCUUGAGCCGUAGCAUUUCCCCACACUCAAGAGUCUCAUUUCGUAUACCAUCCUCCGGAGUAUAUUGCUGUAUUGAAGAUUCGAAGUCAAGAGGUCGGACGUCAUACAGGACAGGUUGGGAAUGUGGCUAGCUCUCGUUAAUUAGACAACCACUAUUAGAAACCAAGCAUAUCUAUUAACUAGGUCUAAUAAGUUUACCUUCGAUGGCGGUCAGUCUUAUCUGCAGAAAGCUCACAGCAAGGUGUCCAAAGUCGUUGAGUAUCUAGUAGACCUCACCUUGCACGCCAAUUUUUGAGGGGGUCGAAAGGGGCCUCGUAAUGCAUGCAAUGCACGUUAGGAUUUCUAAACUCUCGGCGGCA